AGUCCAUGGGGUCACAAAGAGUCAGACCCGACUAAGCGACUAACAUGCACACACACACAGACCGGUGGCGUGGGGGUUGAGGAGAAGGCGGGCUGUCUCUGUGACAGCUUUGGGAAGUCAGGGGUGUCUCUGAUGAGGCAGGGAGCCAAGGUAGAGGCUAAGGUCAAAUUCAAAGAGCAGGAUAUAAGAAAUAAGCGUUCCUAGCCACAGGGUUUGACUACCGGUUUAGCAACGGUGAUAUGAAGUUCUUCGUGCCUUAAAUAAUAGCAAACCCAUGCUUUAAAUUAAAUUAAAGCAUUUUAAAUUCUUCUGAGUGGACCCACACAGGCAUUCUCUGCUCGUUAUUACUGAGAAUGACUAAGUAUUAUAAUUGAGCUGAAAAUAAUCUCCCGCCCAUACUUGCUGGGUUGGUUUCUAAGUAUUGAGUUUUUAAGUAAUGUAACAAAGUUGCAUUCUCUCCAAGUGUUAAUUUUAAAAACUGCAGAUGGUAACCAUCUGUUACACGACUAGCAUUUUACAAUGUUUGAUUAGCACUUUAUAUAGUUUGGGGAAGCCUGCCCAGGGAGUCUGCCCUGCCCAUCAGGUUGGGGAUUUCGGGCAUGUCUUCUGUGGGUGGCCCUUGAGAGUCUUUGUCCCCACCAUAUGUGGUUCCCCUCUCUGCUGUGCUGAAGUGUGGCUAGUUGGACUGGCAGGUUGCACCCUGCCCUGUUGGCACUCUUCCUUAGAGCUGGAGCCACGGGAGCUCACUGGGGACACAGGAUGUGGGAGGGCUGGAUCUCUCCCUCAGUCAGGACUCCCUUGGUUGCAAGUGACAAAACAAUGAACCCAAAUCUAGGGGUGGGACUACCUUCAGGUGCAUGGUGUUUGGGCUCAGGUGACUUCUUCAGACUUGGUGUCACUCAGGGUCUCAGCUCCGCCAUCUGCCAUGUGGCUUCAGUCUCAGGCUUCAAGAGGAGGCAAGAUGGCUUCUUUGGGAGUGAAGUCCUCUCAGCAUCAAGUCUAGAGUGGAGCCUUUUCAUUCACCCCUGCAGAGGCGGUGAGAUCUGCUCUGAUUGGACCAGCUUGUCACGUGCCCAUCUGUGGGCCAAUCCCAGUGACCAUGUAGAUGAAGGGCUCUGAAUGGUCAGGCCUGGAGUGGAGCCCCAUCCAGACCUUGGGGGCAGAGACCUGGAAGGGUAGAUCCCCAGUGGCUCAUCCAGGAUGUUACCAGGUGGGAGGAUGGGUGGUGGGGGCCCGCGGCCACUAGCCCACCCCAGUGUGAGAGUGAGAGGCCAAAAUACAGGGAGCACUUGGCAAAUUUAGCUGUGGAGAUAGACAGACAUUGUUACCAGGAAGAUAAUACGCUGGAAAUGAAAGAGCCUCUGAAACUAGCUCCUUAGUAAGUUUCCUCUCCUAGUUUAGCUCCUUAGUAAGUUUCCUUUCCUAGUUUCCAUAGAUUAGAUUCAGUAUUAUAGUUCUUUAUUUUUUAGAGUGGGUGCAGGUUGUCUGACUUAUUUUUAUGUUACUUUUAAACCAAGGCCAGCCACUUAAUCUUGGUCUUUUAGCUCCUCCAUUUGGAACACAGUGAGCCUGUCUCUAAGAGGGGAAAUCUGUGCAGAGGAGAUAACAGGAGAUAACAGAUUCUAUUCAGUCCAGUUCAACAAACAGGGCACGAAGUGAAGUGUUGGGGCCCGGGCCAGGCUCUGGAGGCCUGGCAGCAGGGACUGAGGUCUGGCGGAUGGCCCCACUACCGGGGGCAGAGCUGGUCCAGACGCCGCUGCAGCUCUACCGAUACCUGCUGCGCUGUUGCCGGCAGCUGCCCACCAAGGGCAUCCAGGAGCAUUACAAGCAUGCUGUCAGGCAGAGUUUCCGGGUUCAUUCGGAUGAGGACAACCCUGAGAGGAUCCAACAGAUUAUUAAGAGAGCCAUUGAAGAUGCUGACUGGAUCCUGAACAAAUAUAAAAAACAAAACUGAGACUCCAGGGCGUAAAGAGUGCAGCUGCCUUGGAGACGCUGACAUGGAGAGCCCUCGCUUCGCCCGGCCCUAGCAGCAGCAGCAGCCAUGCUGGGAUAUCCACUGGCCUGGUUGGCUGGGAGCAGGAAAUCAGCGAAAGGAGAAGCUGUCAUUUGCUCAGACUGCGCUUCCUGCCAUAUUUGUGUCCCCAGCGUCCUUCACAUUUGCUUUUCCAGCUGGUGAUGAGGUGAGCUUUGGGGAGAAGGUGUUUUCUUACUUGGCUCUGAAAGUGAUUCAUUUACUCUGGACGUCGUCAUUUGAGAGGCAGAGCUGGCGUCCCCUCACACAGCAGCCUGUGCAGAGGGCAGGGCGUGGGCCUUACAAUCAGGCUGAUCUGGAUUUGGAGCUCAGCUCGCUGGCUUUUCAAGAGUGUUGGCUUCAAGUCCACUUCUUCCUUCGUUAGGAUUAGAUAAGAUGAAAUCAAAGAGCCUGACCCAGGACAUGGUAUGCGGUGAGGCCAGUAAAUGUCCCUCUGAGGAAGCCAGCCUCUGAUGCUCGUGCGGUGCUCACGUGUCUCUCUGGCUCCCUCCACAUCAGCUCUUGGUUCUCUGUGGGCGUCUUCUGUCCCUGCUUGUCAGCCCAGGCCCUGAGCCCUCACAGUUGCACUGUGCCUGGCGGUCCGCCCAGCAGCUGCUCUUCCUGACCCCGACCCUCCCAGCCCAGAGAGACUGAAGCCCUGGUCCUUGUCUUCGUGGGAUCUGUCGUGUCUCAGAGUGCUGAAACAAAAAAUGCCAGGGCAGCUGCAGUAGACACCGAUGGGUUCAGGCUGCGUGUGACCAGCCCUUGCCUACUUUGGCUCCAUCUUAGAAGACGAGGGAGGAGGAGCAAGCAAGCAGUCGUGAGGGUCGUCGUGAGCCUGAAGUCCGUGGAGAAGGCAGACCUGGGUUGUGUCCCAGCUCCACACAAAGUGCUCUCGGGUAACUCACCUCGCCUCUUUCAGUCCUGGUUUCCCCAUCUAUCCCGGCAGUAAUGACCGUACCUACCUCACGGGGCCACAGUGAGGAGUCAUAAGCCCUAAUGUAUGCCAGGUGCUUCACCCAGGAUCUGGCCUGGGGAGCCAAGGAGAAGGGAGCGCCUUUUCAAGAGAUUGAGCCCCUUUUCAAGGUCACAAAAUGACUAAGUUGGGUCUGUGAAUGUACCAAACCCUCUAGAUUUAAGAGGGGAAGGACAGCAGCAGGGUGAGAGGGAGGAAGCGGGGAGGGCGAGCAAGGAACAUUAGGGUGACCGGCUGGAGCGGGCGGAGCAGCGAGAAGAUGCAAGGAGAGACCACACCAGUGGUGAGUGUCCCUGGAGGACUCCCAGCCAGAGGAUGAGCUUGCGAUCACGUGACUUACAGUGACUCAGAUCCGCCCAUGUGCGCUCAGCUGAUCAGCAGAUCAUGAGGUAAAUACAUCAGAGCUCUGGUGUAUGUUCCCUGCUGUGUGCUGUCAGGUUCGAUGUUGAGGGUUAGAGGCAGACAGACAGCUGCCAGGAGGGAUCAUUCUUUCAUGUUUUAAUUCAUUAAUUGAAAUGUCCGGUCCUAGGUAAAGAUAAAAUUUCAGAACUUGCAUGAAGGUUGAGGCAUCUCUCUUCCAGGUGGGAUCUGCCCCAGUGGGAAACCUGCUGUCAGAGGAGGGGACCACGGGCCGCCUUUGCUGGCUUGGGGUGGGGGAGUGGCAGGGGGUGCCUGGCAGACGGGUAGUUUCACCAAAGGCUCGGAAUAGCACCACUUGCUCAGGAAGCCCCGUGCUGUUCUGUGUGGUUGAGACAUCGUGGACAGAAGAGAUGGUUCUGCAGCCAUCUCUUUAUGUAAUUGUCUCCUGUCUGAGAGUGAACCCCUUGAGGGCAGGGACCAUAUGCUGGUCAGUGCAAAAUCUUCUGGGCCGGCUGUGUGCCUGCUGCCAACGUGGCGAACUCUAAGCAUUUGUUGAAUGGAAGAACCAUAAUCCAGGCAGACUCAUGUGCUGCUUUUGCUGUCAUGUUUAUUGCUUUCUAAUAAUGGGGGAUGCUGGGAGGUGGUGAUUGUUUCCUGGCCAACCACUGAUAUAUGUGUGUGUGUUCUUACCACGGAUGCUCAAAUAAAGUCUUAUUACUACUA